AUGACACGCUCACACUCUCCGCCACCGCCGCACGCGCACGGCGACGAACUCCGUCGUACCAGCAACCUGCCAGCGUCCCGCUCUGAGGUCGAUAUCCUCGCGUCGGCGCUGCACAAUGCGCUUUCCGGAUUAUCCACCCACCACGCCCGCGGCCACCCGGAACAGGACUCUACUGCUCCGGCACUGAAGCAACAGCACGGCCCCAGUCUUGAGAUCAUCCUUGCCAGCGAUCUCCUUACCUUGCGCGGUGUAGGCGUUGACGUUGCGCCCACGCUCAUGUCCGGACAUGUUGUCUUGAACCUCACCGAAGCCACCGCUAUCAAGGCGCUCACUCUUCAGUUCCGAGGAAAGGCCCGUCUACCCGCGCCGGCCUCCGAAUCGAUGAGCAUCAACAACUCUGCAUUGACAUACCUGAUCUGCAAUCACGAAUGGUCCUUCCUAGAAGGCGAGAAGAAACAUAGCCAUACGCUCAAGGCCGGCCGACAUCUCUUCCCGUUUCAGCUCAGGAUCGGUGGCAGUCUCCCCUCCAGUAUCGCGACGUCCGCAUUCGGCGGUGCCUCUGUCGCGUACAAGCUUCGCGCGACCGCCGUACGCCCUGGCCUGGCACAUAACCUGCAGACUCAGAUCCCUGUCUCGAUCACGCGCUCCUUCACGCGCGAAGCCCUCGAGUAUCAGCAGACGCUUGAGAUCGAGAACACCUGGCCCGAGAAACUCAUGUACUCGAUCAUGAUCCCACACAAGGCUUGGGCUGCCAGCGAUACCGUCGUCGCCGUUGUCAAGUUCUCCCCGCUAGCCAAGGGCGCACGCGUCGUGUCUGUGAACACGACCCUCAACGAGACGGUCAAGCUCUUUGCUCGUCAGGGUUGGCAGGAGACCACGAAGACGAUCGUCUCGUCUAAGCACGAGAUCAUCGAUGGCCGUGCCGUCUGCGUCGAUCACCAGCAGGCGCGCACGCCACGCCACAGGCCUACCCAUAGUGGCUCGUACAGCGGCCCGCACUCCAUGCCUUCGACACCUGGCGGUUGGCGAUCAGGUCCCCCAACUCCCGGUACGCAGACCCCAGGCGGGGGCGACGGCGGUUACUUCGGACAUUCACCCUCGCUUCCCCAAACGCCCUACUCCGCCGCUGGCAGUUCGAAUGGCUCGUACUUCAGUCCCGUUCCCGGGCAGUCCGCUGCGAUUCCUGAAGAUGGGCAUAGUCCAGUGGCCGGUCCCUCGAACGCCUCGGUGUCGUCCGAUGGGCAGCGUACGCAAGUACCCGUGGAUUUUGAGGUGUCUGACUCGGACGUCGUAACGACGCUCGAGAUCACUAUCCCGCAUCAUGCAACACCCACGCAUGCCCUUGAGCCGAUUAUCGUCAGCCAUCGCAUCCGCUGGAGUAUCCUCAUCGCCAACCUCGACGGUCAUACAUCCGAGCUGCGCUGCUCGCUUCCCUUGCACGUUCUCGAUGGCCGCCUUCUCGAGGAGUCGCUUGCCGCGACUGCCACUACGCGCCGUCUGCUCCUUGGUGGGCCUGACGUACCAGAGGAAACGAGCGAGGAGCUCGAGUUGCCGAGCUACUCUUCACAUGUGCGCGAUCGUAUCGCGAACCAGUACCUCCCCGAGCAAGCCGUCUUACGAGUGACGAACCCCUGGGUGCAGCAGAACUUGAGCCCAGUUCACCAAGACGGUAGCACGCCCGUUUCAGGCGUCGCUACACCUGUGCUUGAGGCCCAUCACGUUCCGUUCGCCCUCAAUGGGCAGCACAACUUGGAGUACGUCAACUCGGAGCUCCUGCUCUCGCUCACGUCUGAGGCGCCUCCGGCUCUUGAGCGCCACUCGUCGCAUCAAACGCACUCGCCGCAUAGUCCGCAGGAUGGUCCUUCGCCGCCGCACAGCUCGCGCGCGUCACGCGCAGCCAGCCGCGUCGCCAGUCGCAUCGGCUCCCGCGCGGGCUCACGGGCGGGAUCGCGCGCCAACUCGCGCGCAGCCUCCCCCGAGCGUCAUUCGAGCGGCAGCAACUCGCCUGGCGCCCACACCCCAGCGCCACCCGCACCGGAGGGUUCUACAUUCGUCCAUGCUCACUCAACCGCCUCCCGCAACCUGCAGGGUCUGUUCCAAAAUAGCAUGAAACCGUUCACACAUAUCUCGCCCUUCUCCCGCGCGCACCACCCGCCGCUACCGGCAGCCGCUCCGCCAACCCCGGGUACAUCGCGCGCGGCUCACGGUGCGGAUAGACCGGUACAGAUCGUUAGGCAGCAGCCCAAUACGAGUACCAACCUGCUUCAUCGUGCGUUCACGGAAGUACCGGACUACGGCAUUGCGAGCCGCGGCUUCCUCGGCGGUAUACCUCCGCUCGAGAGCUACGCAGGCCUGCCUAGCUACGAGCAGAGUGAAGGCACGCUAUCUGCCGCCUCGAGGAGCAUGAGUGCUCCUGACCUCGCGGCAACCUUCGCGAGCAUGCAUGGGCCAGGACGGCCGAACGCUCGCACGCAGGGACCGCCAACCGCCACCCCCUCGCCGGCGCCGGCCGAAGCAUGA